AUGACAACCAAUACGAACACCAGCGGUGUCCAGUUGACCUUCCUCACAACGGGAACGGUACGCAUCAGACCCUCAAUGCGCUCACAACCAGUGAGCAAAUUUGCGAUUUUUCGACGCCUGCGAUCACUUUGCGAUAGGAAAUGGACCGAACCAUUGCCAGUCGGGGUAUUCCUCAUUCGCCACCCUGAAGGUCUCUUCCUCAUGGACACAGGACAAUCUCCAUGCUGCAACGACGCCGGAUAUUUCCCGCGGGUUGCUAUCUUCAAUGGCCUCCUAAGUGAGUUCAACAUUGAGCGCCAAGAUGGAGUCCUUGAGCAACUUCAUAAGCUCGGAAUCAAGGCGACUGACCUCAAAGCCGUGAUUCUGAGUCACCUCCACAACGACCACGCCGGUGGAUUAGAGGACCUGAUUGCCGAAGCACCGGAUCUGCCUAUCUACAUCAGCCGUGAGCACUGGAAUGCCUUUGGGGAACAUCCUCUCUUUGCAAGCAUGGAGGGAGCGACACCCAAUCAUUGGCCAAAGGAAUUCUCACCGAAGGUUGUGGACCUGCAAGACAGACCACUUGGACCCUGGAAGCAGUCCUACCCCGUGACAGAGGAUGGUAAAAUUGCCAUCGUUGAUACGUCGGGGCAUGUUCCCGGCCAUAUCAGUCUGGUGAUUUACGGCGACGGUGAAGAUGGACAGAGUCAGGUCACAUACUUCCUCCCUGGGGACGCAACAUAUGGCCUGGACCUUUUGGACAAGGAACAGCCCGAUGGAAUCAACGACGACCCAAUGCGUGCUUACCAAACGUUGAAGACCAUCAAGAAAUUUGCUAGAGAGACUGAUGUGGUUGUCUUACCUAGUCAUGAUAUCAACACACCUCGCUUGCUUGCUGAACGAGUGGUCUACCGACCCCAGGAGACAAAGUGA